UGUGUGAGCGCUAUAAAGUUAUCAUUAGCCGUGUUUCCUCAGUUUAUUGUGUCGAGCUGCUGCGGUAUAUUCGGAUGAAUUACAAGCUAACGAAACUUAACAUUCCUUAGGUUGAAAGCAUCACGUUGUUAGUUAACAUUAAUGUCUAAUGUAGCGUUAACUACGGUAUAUCAGCAGCUUACAUCAGCAGUAAGGUUAGAUAUAACGUUACUCUGGACACACUAACGUUACUUUACAUACACACAUUGACAGAAUGAUAAAUGAACAAGCUUCAUAUGAAUCAUAAAGUCGUCGUGUUUGCACUUAACGCUACGUCGACUACUUUCAGUCUCCGUUGUAUAACGUUGCUGUUGUCACAGCAUGUACUUAUACUUAAGGUUUUUAAUGCAGGACUUUUACUUGUAGCAGAGUAUUUCUACACUGUGGUAUCAGUACUAUCACUGAAGUACAAGAUCAGAGUACUUCUUCCACCUCUGUUAAAAUGAGAGAACACCAGAAUAUUGUUUAUUAAUUGAGAACCAAUGUCUCUGAGGGUUUUUCAUACUUUGUCAUGUUGUGUACAACGUACUAUUCAUGCUUAAUUUUAACACUUAUUAUAUGCUUCUAUACCAUAUUACAAUUUUCAAAAUACUAAAUAGGCCACGUUUGUCUGAGCUUGUCAAAAGCAGAAUAUAUCAAAUAUAGUCUAAUGCAUGUCUGUUUGGGAUAGGAAAGGUGAAUUGAAUGCAGGGCGUUGCUGGAUAAGACACUUCACACUUCAGUGUUACUUGAGUCAGAAUCACUGGUUGGGGGUGGGGGGGCUGAGCUCCCUUCACCUUCAAGUUCUUUCCCAUGGGUAGUUCAAAGCAUUUAACCCAUGGGGGGGGGGGUCUAUCUUUGAAGUGUAAAUAGUCUGCCUCAACAACCAGAGCUCAUCGUUAAGACAUACACAAAGGCAGGCACUUAAUCAAGGUACUAUACAAAGUAGUAAAGGUAAUAUUAAAGUAAAGGUAUUUGAUAUCAUUUUUUUUUCUUCAAAACCCUGAUAAAUACAGUGAGAAUAUGUAGACAGUAAAGGGGCUAGAGCUGAGAUGUGAACCUCCUAAUUCCUGCUCUCCCUUGAGACCCUCACUAUUAACAUUUGUUAUGAAAACAAUGCCUGUCUAUAACAUAUUAAUAGAUCAAUAUGCUUUUCUUCAUUACAGGUAAAAUGCAGAAAACUGUUUUUUUCCCUGGGAGAAUGAGUGUCACAUUCCGCAAGGGACCACUUGGAUAUCUCCGUCAGGAUCCAACGGAUGCAGCCAAACUCCUUAAAGACAACCCCUCUCUACAGGACAAGUCUGCACCCGUGAAGGAGGAGCUGGUCAGGAAAAAUGCACUGUCUGUGAUCAUUUUAAGAGGAGGGAAUGCUUCAGAUAAAACUGAGGUGGCUGGAGAAUACAUCCUGCAGUUUGGGAAAUAUAAAGGGAAGUCCUUCCGCUGGCUCCUUGAAAAUGACAUUGGGUAUACCAUCUACCUAAUCAAGAACCAGCAAAAGGAGGAGACUGCAGGAGUGUUCAUGGCAGGGGGGCACAGCAAGGACAGCCUGCUGUCAUUUGUGAGCUAUGCCCUCAGCUUUCAAGAAAUCCAGUCUCUUCUCAAUUAUGAGAAACAAAAGCCAGUUGUGACAGCAGCAGCAGCAGCAUCAGCAUCAGAGGAUGACCAGCUGGUUGGUUUUGGCUCUCGUGCCAAAAGCACCUGGAGAGAGAUUUGGGACAGCAGGGAUGAUGGCUAUGCAGCCUUUAUUAUGAGGAAAAGCUGUGCUCCAGGAACAAAGAUGCACAAACUACAAGUGUACCUGCAGAAGAAGCUGCCCUCCCCCUCUGGCUCCUCUCUGGUGACACAUGCCUCACAGGCCCCUGCUGAAGCCAUGGUGAUGGAUGAAGAUGAAGAGCUGGAGAGAGCGAUGCUGGGUAUCUGUCCUUCCAAGCAACAUGUGCAGAGCUGUGACUGUUUCUGCACCAUCAGCAUCAACUGCCAGACGACAGGCUUCGGGAACAGAAAGAGGUUCUUAACCAAACAAAAACGUCCUGUCGUCGACAGAGACUCUGGGACCAUGAAUUCUUAUCCCAAACCGAAGCAUGACAUAAACCGUUCCUUCUCAUGUUGA